CAAAUUAAUUAAUCAUAAUUAAAAUCUAAAAUUAUUUAUUUUUUCUUCAUCUUCUCCUUCGCUUCGGGCUUUUUGAAAAAUCAUCCCAAAUCUAUCGUUCCUCGAUUAAAGUGGAGCGUAACAAUGGCGAGAAGACCGGAUGAAGAAUACGACUACUUGUUUAAAGUUGUUUUGAUCGGAGACUCCGGUGUCGGCAAGUCAAAUCUCCUCUCUAGAUUCACUCGCAAUGAGUUUUGCUUAGAAUCCAAAUCCACCAUCGGUGUCGAAUUCGCUACUCGUACUCUCCAACUGCCAGUUAUGCAUUUUGCUGCUGCUGCUGCUCAUUAUUUUGACCUAGUAUUUGGCAAAAUCAAUCAUCUUUGUUCUAAGGUGGAAGGAAGGACUGUGAAAGCUCAGAUAUGGGACACUGCUGGGCAAGAAAGAUACAGAGCCAUAACCAGCGCCUACUACCGAGGCGCUCUUGGAGCUCUCUUGGUCUACGACGUCACUAAGCCAACAACUUUUGAGAAUGUAAGCAGGUGGUUAAAAGAACUCAGAGACCAUGCUGAUUCCAAUAUUGUCAUCAUGUUGAUUGGUAACAAGACAGAUCUGAAGCAUCUCAGAGCUGUUGCCACAGAGGAUGCUCAGAGCUAUGCUGAGAAAGAAGGCUUGUCUUUCAUCGAGACAUCUGCCCUCGAGGCAUUAAACGUAGAGAAGGCUUUUCAGACGAUUCUCUCAGAGAUUUAUAGGAUCAUCAGCAAGAAAUCGAUAUCUUCGGACCAGGGAACUGCAAAUGCCAACGUCAAGGAAGGCCAAACGAUUGAUGUCGCUGCUACUUCUGAUUCAAACGCUAAGAAGCCUUGUUGCUCUUCCUCUUGAAAGGCUUUGUUUCUUUUUUGUGUCUCACUUUAAAAGCCAAUAUCUAUGCGACUUUGUUUUAAAGUCUUUGCGUUGUGUUACAUAUGCAAAGUUGCAUCUGUGUUUUUUCUUUUUUUUUUGUUGAUAAGAACUCUCUAAGAUGACAUUCUAUGGAGUAUGGAAUCGUUCAUACAAAUUGUGAAAAAUGAAAUAUUUUUUUUUUUA